CAACAGCUAGCUGCUACGACAACGGAAAUCACACCAGAAGUAAUUCCAGGUGUCAUCAACAAAUGUGAUUGUGCGAAUAGCACUGAAAGUAGUGGAUUGUGUGAAAAGAAUUGCUGUCGUUUGCAAUGUUUACGUAAUGGUACAUGUCAAAAGAACGUUCAAGGUGGUGAAUAUUGCAAAUGUCAAACCGGAUAUUAUGGGGCGUUGUGCGAAAGGACGCUGAUCGACAGUUGGAGUGAUGAAUUUCGGAAGGAGAAUGCUUGUUUCCCAAAUUACACCAUUAGGCCUUUACAUCUACGCGAGUGCCUCAUAAAUUUUGUCUGCAUCUAUGGACAAUGCAAAAGUCCAAUAAUGAAUGGAGGUGGCCUUCAACUUGAAUGUGAGUGUGACGAAGGUGGAAUAGGGGACCUGUGUCAGAAUCAGUGCUGUCUUCAGUGUGCAGAGCAUGGGAAAUGCAGACAGUAUAUAAAUGGCCCUGAGUACUGUUAUUGUGAGUACGACUACGAGGGCCAGUUCUGCGAAAGAAAGAUAAUUAUAGAAGGUCAGAAGAAGGAUACCUGGUAUCUGUGGGUGGUAGGAGUAUGUGCUGGUGUGCUUGGACUACUUAUCCUGGCUCUGGUCAUUAUACCUUAUUGGAUGUGGCACAAUAGGGUCACCGUCAUCAUGAAGAUUGUCCACUAUUUUCAGCCUUACGAAGACGAUGAUGAAAAAACGUGGGACGCAUUCGUUUCAUACAAAUCUGCAGACGUCGAUCAGAAUUUUGUAUUACACACGCUAUUCCCGAAAUUGGAGAAGGAACUCGGCUUCACCUUGUGUAUGCAUUUUCGAGACUUUUUGCCGGGCGAAACGAUCGCCAACAAUAUAAUAAACGCAGUCAACAACAGUCGGCGAACCAUCCUUAUCCUGACACCCCGGUACAUCGAGAGUGAAUUCACACGAUUCGAAUAUCAAGUCGCCCAGCACGAAAUGUUAAAGCGAAAGCAUAGGAUUAUUCCAGUCUUACUUGAAGAUAUUUCAGACUCCAUGAGUUCUAUGGACCCGAAUCUCCGACAAAUCAUCAAGUCUGUUACAUAUAUCGAAUAUCCCGGAUCGGACGCUACAGAAAAGAAAUUGAACACAUUUUGGAAGCGGAUGGCUCUAUCUAUGCCAAAAACAAGGUCAACAGAGGAACAUCAAAAGCUUUUAGACAACAACAACAAAACAAGUGACAAUAACAGCGUGAAUGCCAUAUCCGUCAAUGGUGAGGUCAGUGUAUCAAACCAUAAAAGGGAAACGGAAAUGACGUCAUUCACAAAUGGCGGUAUCACUCCAAUAGACAAUAGCGAGAUCAACGUAAAAAUUAUAGAGGAGACUUCGGUGGCUAGCAAGAACUUAAAGAACAACAUUGAUGGCGAACUGUGCAAUAAAGCGUUCAUUGAUGAUUGACAAUUUAGGGUCGAUGACUGACAAAUGUAUUAGUUAGAUUCAAUUUAAUUUCUUUCUACCUCAAAAAAAUAGUGAUAUUUUGCCUAUGAAGAGUUUAACAAGUGCCAUAUAGUGUCAUAAUGUUAGAUCCAGGUAGCCUUAGACGGUUCUGGAAUCUGCAUGAUUCGCAUGACAUGCAAGUUAACACGGUACUGGUAACACAGCAUCACUAAGGUUAUCACAAUAUGUGUGAUCAGAUAACGAGUGAAGUACGUCAAAUACUACAACCCAUGUAAAUAUAAUACAUAUUAUCACACAUGAUGGUACAUAUUGUAUACAGACAACUACGACCAAGUAUUGAGUAGUUGAAACGUCUCAUCAUCUACGAUCACAAACCCUCUACAUUGUACUGCUAGGCCGCGGUUUCGAGCUCUACGUUAGGCAGUCACUACAUGAAGCUUACAGGCGCAGGUCGGUGGUUUUUCUCCAGAAACUCGGAGUUUUCUACACCACCAUACCUGGAACGUCCUCAAAUGAUCAUAACUGAUAACAGGACGUAAAACACACGACAAAACUCGCACCAUAAAACUCGAAACUCGAAUCUAACAAUAAUUGCAGACAAUCUACGUCAUUAAUCGCAUACUGAUAUGUUACCUUAGCAACAAAUGAUGCGAGUAUGCUUAGAACUCACUUGUGUUCAAAUUAAUUGAUUAUAUUGUUAAAGAUAAUUAAUUUAAGGUUUCAUGUACCUACUUCUGGGGUACAAUGAAGGUUAUCCCAUGUCAUGAAACAGGGACGAAUAACUAUGCAUAUAUGUUAUGCAGUUAACAAUAUAUGUAAAGAGCGAUGAAUGAUAUAUACGGUUUUGUAAUGCCGAUUUUGAAUGAAUAUAUAUACUUUUAAUAUAAAACUGGGCAUUUGUUCAUAUAAGUAUAGCGCUUAACAUCACGUCAAUCCAGAAAACAAUUUGGAAGUGAUGAAAUGGCUAAAUUACUAAAUAUGUAGUCAGUCGUUAUAUCGGAAUGCUGGGAGUUGUGGAGAAGAGUAAUGGCGCUUCAAAGUAAUAUGUCUAUAUACAUGUAUAUACGUUCCAUCUUGUCGAAUGAUAAAAACAGCAAAAUAUAUAACGAUUAUGGACUUUAUAGACCUGGGAAGUUAUAUUAACCUCAACGUCGUCUCGGUCAAUAUCUCUUGACCUAGACUGUGUCGCUGUUACCACAGAUGCAUCCCAACACAAGUCUAUAGUAAAUAGAUACCCACCAGACACAGCAGCAUAUUGACCAUACAAACAUGUAAACCGAACCUGAAUUUCUUUGACGAAGUAGGCUACACUAAAAUGAAUGUGUUUUGAUUAACGUUUUCACUGUAUUUAUGAUAAACCUUCAACCAGAUAGUGUCUUCAUUUCUACUCAAAUACUUUUUUUUGCACAGGAGAUGAGACAUACCGAUUUAGAUAUCUCUGUUGUUUGACAUCAAAUGUUAAUUUAUUUCAAUUUUAAACGAGAUUUAUUUCACAUUAUCCGCAAUAUUGUUUGUAUGUUUUUUGUUCGAAAUGAUCAAUUUUCAUUAAAUGUUCGUAAAAUGAUGUUUGUAUCCGUUAACCUGUGGAAUACAUUUUUAAGUCAGUGAACUGUUAGAAAAGUGACUUUAAGUGUAAACAAAUUUUCAAAUGUAUAUGAUUUCCUUUUGUAGU